UUUGUGAUCUUUCUCUGUCGAUUAGAACCCAAGAUUGCAUAGAUAAAAGGAGAUUGCUUUUUCCAAUAAAAUUCGCCACUGGCAACACUUUUCGUGAAAUGUCAAACUUAAAAUAUAGUCUUUAACAAAAUAUAUCUUAUAUAUAAAAUAACAAACUCUGAAUUAAAUAAUAAAUAUGUGGUCAAAUGCUAAUGUACGUGGAGUAUCUAGGGUUCUACAAAAACUAGAAAUAUCAUUGAAGGAAAAUAAUUAUUAUGAGGCGCAUCAAAUGUAUAGAACGUUGUAUUUUAGGUAUCUAGGCCAAAAAAAAUAUGAAGAGUUGUUAGAUUUAUUAUAUAAAGGAGCAAUAAAUUUUCUGGAAAAGGAUCAAAAGCUAAGUGGAGCAGACUUAUCAAUUUUGCUCAUUGAUGUUAUGAUUAAAUCUAAAACUGUUCCAUGUGAUUCUUGGUUUUCCAAAAUAAUUUUAUUAUUUACAUUAAUUGGGCCCUAUGUGCCAGAGAGAGAGACAUUUUUAUCAAAUUCCUUAACAUGGUCAAAGGAUGAUGAUAAUAAACUUGGACAUCCUGAAUUGCAUAAAAAAUUGGCACAAGCAUAUUGGCAAGAAAAAAAUUAUGCUCAAGCAAGAUAUCAUUUUAUGUUCUCCAUGGAUGGGUCCGGUUUUGCUUCUAUGUUAGUUGAAUUGCAUACAGAGAAAGGAUUUAAUGGAGAAAUUGAUAUGUUCAUAACACAAGCAGUUUUACAAUAUCUUUGUCGAAAUAAUGCUUCUACUGCCCAAGAGACUUUUAUUGUAUAUACUGAGAAGCAUCCAUCUAUUCGAAAAAUAGGACCACCAUAUAUUUUUCCAUUACUCAACUUUCUAUGGUUUCUAUUAAAGGCAGUACAAGGAGAUAAGCAGCUUACAACAUUUACUAUUCUCUGUGAUCAAUAUAAACCAUCAUUAAAAAAGGAUCCUAUGUAUUUGCAAUAUUUAGAUAAAAUUGGUCAAUUGUUCUUUGGUGUGCCUGCACCAAAAAAUCGUAACAAUGGUCUUUUUGGAGACUUGAUGCAAUCAUUUCUAAAUAGUCUUGACACAAAUGAUUCUUCAGAUGAAGAUCAGAGGCCCAUUUGUGGUUCGACACAUAGAAUUGAAAGUGCAGAAUUAGAUUAAUAAUAAAAUACA